CUAUCAAUUAUGCAGUGCAUACAAUCUGGAAAAUCAGUGAUCAUUGAUAACUACUGCAAAUUGGAUUUAAUGCCUUCUGAUAUUUGACUAAAAGUAGCUCACACACAGGCACAUGCGCGCGCACACGUACACAGGUAGUGCCCUCUCCAGUCUUCCUAGGUGGACCACACUUUAGUCAUUCAUCAGUCAGUCAUCAUGUUCUGCUGGGGAGACGGUUCGAGUGGACAGUUUGGUCUAAACUUUGAGAACGUGUCUGUUCCGAUAGCAGGGAAUAUAUUCUCUGAUAAAGUCACAGAAGUUGUUUGCGGGGAACAACACACUUUAUUUCUCACCGUAGAUGGCAGGAUCCUAUCAUGUGGGCGCAACUCAAAGGGACAACUUGGAAGACAGAGGAACAGAGAUUCAAAACUACCAGCCCCAGUGGAGGGUCUGGGGGCAGUGGUCUCUGUGGCUUGUGGUCAGGACCACUCUGUUGCUGUGUGCGCAUCAGGACAGGUCUACUCCUGGGGGCAGGGGGUGAGGGACAGCUGGGCAUCACACCUACUACUGUCUCCAAAGUCCCCAGGCCAAGACCAGUUCCAAUACCUUCGCCCUUGCCGAUAACAGUGAUACAGGUUGCUUGUGGAAAUUACCAUUCUUUGGCCCUGACUAAAGGAGGACAGGUGUUCUCAUGGGGUCUGAACAGCCAUGGACAGCUGGGCCUGGGCAAGGGAGUCCCUCUGCAGCCCAUACCUGCCCUUGUGCGCUCCUCAUAGGGGUCCCAGUGACCCAGGUUGCAGCUGGAGGAACCCACACUCUGGCCCUCACCCUCCCAGGCCUGGUCUACUGCUGUGGGGCGAACAGGGCUGGGCAGCUGGGACUCAACCGUGUGGAUGAGAACGGUCGGUUCAACAUCUGUUCUGUGCCUGCUCUCAGAGUCUUGGGGGUUUCCUUCAUCAGCUGUGGAGAGGCACAUUCUGCUGUUCUCACCAAGGUAUCAUACUAUUACUGUGGAGAGGGACACUGCUGUUCUCACCAAGGUAUCAUACUAUUACUGUGGAGAGGGACACUGCUGUUCUCACCAAGGUAUCAUACUAUUACUGUGGAGAGGGACACUGCUGUUCUCACCAAGGUAUCAUACUAUUACUGUGGAGAGGGACACUGCUGUUCUCACCAAGGUAUCAUACUAUUACUGUGGAGAGGGACACUGCUGUUCUCACCAAGGUAUCAUACUAUUACUGUGGAGAGGGACACUGCUGUUCUCACCAAGGUAUCAUACUAUUACUGUGGAGAGGGACACUGUUGUUCUCACCAAGGUAUCAUACUAUUACUGUGGAGAGGGACACUGUUGUUCUCACCAAGGUAUCAUACUAUUACUGUGGAGAGGGACACUGUUGUUCUCACCAAGGUAUCAUACUAUUGCUGUGGAGAGGGACACUGCUGUUCUCACCAAGGUAUCAUACUAUUUCUGUGGAGAGGCACAUUCUGCUGUUCUCACCAAGGUAUCAUGCUAUUACUGUGGAGAGGGACACUGUUGUUCUCACCAAGGUAUCAUACUAUUACUGUGGAGAGGGACACUGUUGUUCUCACCAAGGUAUCAUACUAUUACUGUAUUUUUACUGAAGGCCCCAAGGGAGAUGUUGGUGUGAAAGGAGACAAAUCCGAUAGCUGUUCAUUAGUUCAUGAAAAGUAUUUUAAUGUCCUAAACAGUGGGCCUACUGGGAGAUAGUUCUGCACACAAAGUCGGCAUCCUCUCGAAGAUACAAUUCAUCACAUAUAAAUAAUGCCAGUUAUAUGAAAUGACCUUGAACAGAGGUGAAAAACAAAUGAUCAAGUGUCUGGAUACACAAUGAACCAUACAAGUUGUUAUCUGAGUGCAUGAAUACAGUCUCAUACUAAAUGAGAAGUUACAGUUUAUUACAGAAUAGAAAGUCACAGGUUAUACAGAAUAUGACCUGAUUAUGGAUGUUAUUACAGAUCAAGCCUCAGGGCUACCAGAGUAAAUGUCUACUCUUCAAUACUAUUAUACUGUCUCUUUAAGAAGUGAUUAGGGUCCUGACCUGACCAGACCAGGAACAACUCUGGGCCUUGACAUGUCAACAACUGGUUCUGGUUCUUUGUGG